AUGCCACAAUUUUCAGUAGAUCUUUGUCUUUUUGACCUAGAUGGGACUAUUGUCAGCACAACAACUGCAGCGGAAAGUGCCUGGAAAAAAUUAUGCCGUCAGCAUGGGGUUGAUCCUGUUGAGUUAUUCAAGCAUUCCCAUGGUGCAAGAUCACAAGAAAUGAUGAAGAAAUUUUUUCCAAAAUUGGACAAUACCGAUAAUAAAGGUGUUCUUGCGUUAGAAAAGGAUAUGGCAGAUAAUUAUUUGGACACAGUAAGCCUUAUCCCUGGUGCAGAGAAUUUAUUGUUAUCGUUAGAUGUAGAUACUGAGACUCAAAAAAAGUUACCUGAAAGGAAAUGGGCUAUCGUUACCUCUGGUUCUCCAUAUUUGGCAUUUUCAUGGUUCGAGACAAUAUUGAAAAAUGUUGGAAAGCCCAAAGUUUUCAUUACUGGAUUUGACGUGAAGAACGGUAAGCCUGAUCCCGAGGGUUACUCAAGAGCUCGUGAUUUAUUGCGUCAAGAUUUGCAAUUAACUGGUAAACAGGAUCUGAAGUAUGUUGUCUUUGAAGAUGCACCCGUGGGCAUAAAGGCCGGCAAAGCAAUGGGCGCAAUUACUGUGGGUAUAACAUCCUCGUAUGAUAAGAGCGUUUUAUUUGACGCAGGUGCAGAUUAUGUGGUCUGUGAUUUGACACAGGUUUCCGUGGUUAAGAACAAUGAGAACGGUAUCGUUAUCCAGGUAAACAACCCUUUGACGAGAGAUUAA